UCCCAAUGAGCACAGCACAGGUGAAUAGAACCGUGACAGUCGUGGACAGAUGAGGAUGAAGAUGAGAAGGGCAUUCGCGGUGAAGAACGAGCUGGCCAGAGAGUGUCUGGGGGAGAUACUGGGAACCUUUAUCUUAUUGCUGUUUGGCUGUGCAGCGGGCGCCCAGGUGAAGACCAGCCAUGAGACCAAGGGCCAGUUCCUGUCCGCUAACAUCGCCUUCUCCGUGGGGGUCAUGACUGCCAUGUACCUCUCAAAAGGAAUCUCAGGAGCGCAUCUGAACCCUGCGGUGUCGCUGAGCUUCUGUGUGACGGGCACGCUGCCCUGGAGGAAGCUGCUACCCUACUCCCUCUCCCAGAUACUGGGGGCCUACCUGGCCUCAGCCGUCGUCUUCGCCGUAUACUACGAUGCCAUCAUGGAGUUCAGUGGAGGCGUGCUGACCGUCUACGGCCCCAAUGAGACGGCCUCCAUAUUUGCCACCUACCCCUCGCCCCACGUCUCCCUGCAGAGCAGCGUCCUCGAUCAGGUGGUUGGCACGGCGUUGCUGAUGACGAGCAUCCUGCCGCUUGGUGAGGAGCGGAACAUUGCGGCUCCCCCAGGUCUGAUCCCGCCCAUCGUGGCAGUCAUCGUGCUGGGCAUCAGCACGGGCAUGUCCUCCAACUGCGGAGGAGCCAUCAACCCGGCCCGCGACCUGGGACCCCGCCUAUUCACCUUCACCGCAGGCUGGGGAACCGAGGUGUUCAGCUGUUAUAACUACUGGUUCUGGGUGCCUCUGGUAGCUCCCAUGAUCGGAGGGGUUUUGGGAACCCUUAUUUACCUCGUCUUCAUCGACUGGCAUCUACCCGAUCUGGAAGAAUCCAAGAGAGAAGCAGAGGACACAGACAGCAAACUGCAGCCCUGGAAAGUUACAUACGUGAAAGACACCAAUGAGAAGUUUGAAUCACCUGUGGUCAAAGAACAGUCCCUAUAGCCUUUGUCCUACGGUACACAUGACAUAGCCAAUUUCUGUAAGCAGCUUUCCAGCUUUUCAACCUCUGUGACCAGCUUUUUUUUGUACCAUCAUUAUGUAUUUCU